AUGCCCGCCUUCGGCCUCCCCAAAGUCAGGGAACGCGAGGGUGCCAGGAAGCCCGGGCAGCGCCGAGCUGGCCUCCUGGGCGGGCUGCGGGACGCCCCCCGCGGCUCUGCCCUGUCCCGCCCCAGGCUCCGCGCCAAGCUGCCCGCGCGUCCUGCCCUGCCCGGCAGUCCCGCGUCCACGCCGCCCACCCUGAGUGUGCCCUGGCCAGCGUUUGGCGUCCUCCGACCGACGGCCGCGGCCGCACUCUCCGAGCUGGGCGGGGCGACCCUGCAUCUUAAGCAGCUGUGGCUGGUACAGGAAAGCCCGGCCUGCGCGGUGACAUCCGCUGCCUGGAAAACGCAGGCCCAUUUCCCAGAUGGGAGCUUUGAGGCAGAUAGGACCCGGCUCUGCUCAUCGCCUGGGGGCCCGGCCCUGCUCAUCGCCUGGGGGCCCGGCCCUGCUCAUCGCCUGGGGGCCCGGCUCUGCUCAGAGCUCCGGCCCAUCCGCUUGGCCCACUUGUCCUCCACCUCCUCACCUCCGCCUCCUGCGCCCAUCGUCCCAGCACCUCCGCCUCCUGCGCCCAUCGUCCCAGCACCUCCGCCUCCUGCGCCCAUCGUCCCAGCACCUCCGCCUCCUGCGCCCAUCGUCCCAGCACCUCCGCCUCCUGCGCCCAUCGUCCCAGCACCUCCGCCUCCUGCGCCCAUCGUCCCAGCACCUCCGCCUCCUGCGCCCAUCGUCCCAGCACCUCCGCCUCCUGCGCCCAUCGUCCCAGCACCUCCGCCUCCUGCGCCCAUCGUCCCAGCACCUCCGCCUCCUGCGCCCAUCGUCCCAGCACCUCCGCCUCCUGCGCCCAUCGUCCCAGCACCUCCGCCUCCUGCGCCCAUCGUCCCAGCACCUCCGCCUCCUGCGCCCAUCGUCCCAGCACCUCCGCCUCCUGCGCCCAUCGUCCCAGCACCUCCGCCUCCUGCGCCCAUCGUCCCAGCACCUCCGCCUCCUGCGCCCAUCGUCCCAGCACCUCCGCCUCCUGCGCCCAUCGUCCCAGCACCUCCGCCUCCUGCGCCCAUCGUCCCAGCACCUCCGCCUCCUGCGCCCAUCGUCCCAGCACCUCCGCCUCCUGCGCCCAUCGUCCCAGCACCUCCGCCUCCUGCGCCCAUCGUCCCAGCACCUCCGCCUCCUGCGCCCAUCGUCCCAGCACCUCCGCCUCCUGCGCCCAUCGUCCCAGCACCUCCGCCUCCUGCGCCCAUCGUCCCAGCACCUCCGCCUCCUGCGCCCAUCGUCCCAGCACCUCCGCCUCCUGCGCCCAUCGUCCCAGCACCUCCGCCUCCUGCGCCCAUCGUCCCAGCACCUCCGCCUCCUGCGCCCAUCGUCCCAGCACCUCCGCCUCCUGCGCCCAUCGUCCCAGCACCUCCGCCUCCUGCGCCCAUCGUCCCAGCACCUCCGCCUCCUGCGCCCAUCGUCCCAGCACCUCCGCCUCCUGCGCCCAUCGUCCCAGCACCUCCGCCUCCUGCGCCCAUCGUCCCAGCACCUCCGCCUCCUGCGCCCAUCGUCCCAGCACCUCCGCCUCCUGCGCCCAUCGUCCCAGCACCUCCGCCUCCUGCGCCCAUCGUCCCAGCACCUCCGCCUCCUGCGCCCAUCGUCCCAGCACCUCCGCCUCCUGCGCCCAUCGUCCCAGCACCUCCGCCUCCUGCGCCCAUCGUCCCAGCACCUCCGCCUCCUGCGCCCAUCGUCCCAGCACCUCCGCCUCCUGCGCCCAUCGUCCCAGCACCUCCGCCUCCUGCGCCCAUCGUCCCAGCACCUCCUCCUCCUGCAUCCCAUCGUCCCAGCACACAGAGCAUCCAUCUGUUUCCCACCUGGCCCCCCACGGUGACCUGCUUCCCUUCACAGAGCUCGUGCAAAUGA